AUGACAAAUGGUAACGUAGAUGGUAUCCAUGACAACGCGAGCUAUGGGGUUUGCGGCUAUUUCCUUCUGGGUUUCUCAGCCCUGUCACUCAUCUUGUUCUUCCCCUUCUCGCUCUUCUGGAGUAUCAAGAUUGUCCAAGAAUACGAACGGUCAGUCAUAUUCAGACUGGGUCGAAUAAAGUCAUCCAAAGCCCAAGGGCCAGGACUGUUUUUCUUGAUGCCUUGCGUGGACACAUUUAUCAAAGUUGACCUACGCACGUUCAACUUCAAUAUUCCUCCGCAAGAGAUACUCACAAAGGAUUCCGUCACCGUUGUCGUGGACGCCGUUAUUUACGCGCGGAUCUACGACGCGACCGUUGCUACGGUGAACAUAAAGGAUGCGCGCGCAUCCACCUGCCUGCUAGGGGCGACCACUCUGAGAACCAUGCUGGGGACGGUGGGACUGUCAGAGGUGCUGUCGGACAGGGAGAGGAUCGACCGAGACAUGCAGAGGACUUUGGACGCAGCCACGCAUAACUGGGGAGUGAAGGUGGAACGUGUUGAAAUAAAAGACGUUCGUCUGCCGGUCCAGAUGCAAAGAGCGAUGGCAGCUGAGGCCGAAUCCCACAGAAUGGCCAGAGCAAAGGUCAUAUCCGCGGAGGGCGAGAUGAAAGCAUCGCGCUGCAUCAAAGAAGCCGCGGACGUGCUUCGGGAGGCGCCGGCCUCCAUUCAGCUGCGCUACCUUCAGACGCUGCAUAGCAUCGCCGAGGAACAGAACCACACCAUCAUCUUCCCACUUCCGCCCAGCCUCUUCUCCGGGUUUCAGGCAGGGGUGGCAAAGCUUCUCGGGGCGGCGCCGGUAGAGGAAAGUGGAGUCCCGGUGGAGGCGUCGGUGGACGGGGGUAAUGCUCAGGGCAGGCCAGUAAUGCACAGCGGAGGAGGGCCGUUGGUAUCAAUCGAGGAAUCGCAGACAAGCACGAUGUUCUAACUUGCAGAAGUUUUAAUUGUCAUUCAUUGCUUAUUUUAGUGUCAAAGACAUGUUCAACUUUAUUAAAAUCAAAACGCUGAUAGAGUAAAAAUACUGUUGGAAAGAAGUGAGCCUGAGAUAUAAGACUAAAUGAAUACUUAGUUAAAGUACCAGUCCACUCGUUGUUCAGGUAAUAAUGAGCGUUAUCAUUCUAAUAUAUAGAAAAAAAAUACGAAUAGUUUAAAUUCGUUUCAUAAGGUUCCCAUUCUCGCCGAUCCAUUGUUUUAAUAAAUUAUAAAUGUACAGACUAGAGGGCUUUUUAAUUUAAAGAUACAUUUGUGUUUUUGCUUGUUUUGUGUGUUACUGCUUGGCUUCCGGCAACUCAUGAGACCUACGUCGUGCUUCUGACGCAGCCCGAAGCCAAUCUCACGUUCGCUCGUAAAUGUUUGGAAAUCGUAGCGGGAUAUUCACAUGGAAUAUAUUGUGACACAAAAAAUAAAAAAGAGCAUUGUU